AUGCCUAGUUCAACGGACCUGUGUCCCAAUUGUCCCGAUACUCCGCCAUCGGAUCUCGAGGACAUCAAGUGGAUCCAGUGUGACAUUUGUCGUCUGUGGUUCCACACAAUAUGUAUAGGCACCUCGGAAGAGGAUAUAGCCGAGAUCGCUUCCUACCACUGUGCCAAAUGUGCCAAGAAGCAUGGACCAUCACAACUACGAAGAGUGUCAAAACGCGCCAGGGUGAAGAUUGACUAUGUGGCUCUAGAUCAAGGCGAAACAUUCGCUGUGGACAAGAGCAUACAUCCUCACGUACCCAGCUUCAUGGACUUCACGCCUGAGGCUAGUCGAAAUAAAAAACAAUUCCACGUUGACAUUUUGGACAGCGACGAGCUCACGAAGGAGUACGUGUUGGGCACAGGCUUGCCGAAACCGGUCUUGGUGCCUCUGGUAGGCAAAGAGGCAGGUAUGACGCUUCCAUGUAAUCGGAAAGACGUGACUGUCGAGUGGAUUGCCGAGAAAGUAGGCGAAGGCGAGCCUGUUGAGGUCAUGGAUGUGCUUUCCCAGCAGAGUGAGUCGCCUGGAUGGAACUUGGGCCAGUGGAAACGGUACUUCUACAUGCGUGAAAAAGACAGAAUCCGUAACGUGAUCUCGCUCGAGGUGUCUGAUGUGGAGGGUCUUGGCGAUGCAUUUGUGCGGCCAAAAAUGGUUCGAGACUUGGAUCUCGUUGAUAAGGUAUGGCUGCAAAAUGGCACGGAUGAGGAAAGACCCAAGGUCACCACGUAUUGUCUCAUGUCGAUCGCCGGGUCAUAUACGGAUUUCCACAUUGACUUCAGUGGCACGCCAGUUUACUAUACGGUCUGUCACGGAAGCAAGACAUUUUUGAUGUACCCACCCACGGAUGAAAAUCUCGAACUAUACACCAGCUGGUGCAAAGAGCCCCAGCAAAAUUUCACCUGGUUCGGAACUUAUUCUAAAAGGCUACGAGGAAAAAAACUCAGCCCCACUGGCGGGUUCAAGGUGAACCUUCGGGAAGGCGACCUAUUUAUCAUCCCCAGUGGCUGGAUCCAUUCGGUGCAUACUCCGCAGGAUUCCGUCAUUAUUGGCGGUAACUAUCUCACCUUGCGAGACAUCCCUAUGCACCUCAAGAUCUACUCGAUUGAAAAGGCCACCGGCGUGCCUCUGCGCUACAGGUUUCCCAAGUUCAAUCGAGUCCUCUGGCUCACUGCGUACUAUUAUUAUAACCACCAGGAGGAAUUUUUUAAAGAUUGUCUUGCAUUUCAGCCGAAGGUACCGGCCAUGCAGAAGGCUGAGAAUUUACUGUACGCAAGCCAAACCGUCUCAGCCCUUGUGGCUCAUUUGGAAGAACACUAUGAGCUUAGUAAAACGAACAAUGUUGCUAAAAAGACGAUCCCCACGUCACUUAUCGGAAAAGACGUCCCACAUUUCCUAAAGCAGCUUCAUGACUGGCAUACGCAGAUCUUAACCGUUAAGCAUGAGACCUGA